CCAUCUUUCUCUCCUUCCGGUUAUGGAGUUCUGCUAGAAAGACAUUUAAACGCAGCUGAGCUCUACAACUACGAGGAAUCCUCCAAAUUAGGAACCAUAAUAAACCAAACUUAUUUUAAAACACACACUUCAAGAUGCCCGUGGCUGUAGGUCCAUACGGACAGACCCAGCCCAGCUGUUUUGACCGGGUCAAGAUGGGCUUCAUGAUGGGUUUUGCAGUGGGGAUGGCUGCUGGCGCCAUGUUCGGCACCUUCUCUUGUCUCAGGAUCGGCAUGCGCGGCAGGGAGCUGAUGGGAGGAGUGGGGAAGACCAUGAUGCAGAGCGGCGGGACGUUCGGCACCUUCAUGUCCAUCGGGAUGGGCAUCCGCUGCUGAGGACGAGGAGGGACGACCUCCUGCACACAGUCACUCAGCUAUGAGACUUUUCCAGUAACUACAACUAUAGCCGUCUGUCCGCUCGACGCCGUCACGCUGUCAACCCACCGUCUAGUUUUGUCAAUAAAUAUUCACAUUCUUCAAAAUGG